UACACCUGCAGCGACACAAACCGAGACAUACAGCUGCACCAUUAACCCGCAGACAGCCGGACAAAGCUCCGUUUAAACCGAGAGACAGACGCAGCGUGGCCGUGAGAGGUUACCGGCUGCUGAAGCUGACCAGCACUCGCUCCAGGCAGCCGCUGCCCAUCUGUCCCCUGGGAGGGAAUCUCCGGCCACAGGCUCCAGGAAGCCAGCCACCAUGAAUGAGACAGAUGUGGAGCAGGUGACCCUGGCACUACUCGAUGCUGCCAACGAUAAAGACUCAGAGGUCCAGGAGCAGGUUAGGAAGUCCAUGUUGACCCUGGGAAAACAACAGUCAGACAGAGUGCUAGCCAUGUGUCAGGACUACCUCACCAAACACCCAAAGUUGGUAGUGAGUCACAGAGUAGUGAUUCUCCAGACCAUUGAGCUGAUUGUUGGCAGCAGGAUAGAGGAGAUCAGCUACCCCAGGAUAAAGAGCAUCAUCUCUCUGGCUUCAGAUGAGAUGACACGAUCCAAGGAAGUUGUCCCUGAUUGGCAGCAGGCAGCCAGUAAUAUCUUGGUUGCUGUGGGAAACAAGCACAUCAAUGACAUUAUGGAGGAGAUUCUGAGCAAGUUUCAGCCAGGCGUCCUACCUCACUUCUUUGUGGUCCAGACACUCGCCAGUCUGUCUGACUCAAAUGUCUAUGGUAUGGUGCCCUUCCUGAAUGCCGUUCUGGGCACCAUGCUGCCCAUGCUGUGCAUGGCCAAACAAGACAACAUGAAGUGGGUCUUCUCUUCUGCUUUGUGCCAUUUCAGCGAUAGUAUCUUGGAAUACUUGGCGAACCUGGACAAGGCUCCAGAUCCCACAGUGAGGAAAGACACGUUCUCCAGUGAAAUCUAUGCUGCCUAUGACAUCCUCUUCAAUAACUGGUUACAAAGCAGGGAGCCUAAGAUAAGGCUAACAGUGGCUGAGGCAGUGGGCUCUAUGUCCCACCUGAUGGCCAGUGAUAAACUAGAGGAGCAAAUUCCCAAACUCAUCCCUGCUAUGCUGUCCCUUUAUAAGAAGAACAGCGAGCACUACAUCAUCAGUAAGAGUCUGUGCCAGGUGCUUGAUGCUUCUGUCAACAUGGGCAGCAGAGUGCUGGAGACACAACUGGACAGUCUGCUGGUUGCACUGCAUCAGCAGGUGUGUUGCCCCAUUGACUACAGCAACCCUCCAACCGUCAAGAACCACAACGAGGUGCUGCGCUGCUUCAGCUUACUAGCUAACUCCUUUCCAGACCGCCUGGUUAUGUUUGUUCUUCAGAAGUUGGAGAACAGUAAUGAGAGGAGCAGGAUGGGUUCCCUGGCUGUCCUACGCCACCUCAUCAACUCCAGCACUUCCAUGAUGGAGACCAAGAAGCUUCUGAUUCUGGCCAGCAUCAGACAACCAAUGGCUGACCACAGCAACAAAGUGAAGAAGCGUGUAGUUCAGGUGAUCAGUGCCAUGGCUCACCAUGGCUACCUGGAGUUAGAGGGAGGGGACUUGCUGGUCCGAUUCAUUGUACAGCACUGCGCUUUGCCCGACACAAUUCAGCGUGGCCAGAAGCCUAUUGAUCCAGAGGAGGUGACUAAUGAAGCCUUGAGGACUAUGUGUGACAACACUCUGCACCUCCUGACCACCACUGUGGGACGGCUAGCUGAUGUGCUGUGGCCCAUGCUGCUCUACUAUCUGACCCCUCCACAGUUCAGCAACGCCACCUCUCCUCUUUGUAAGAGUCUAAUAGUGCUGGGCAGCAAGAAGAGAAAUAACCAAGAGGCUAGCUUCAACAUAGACUUCACACAGCAAGUCAAUCUGCCCUCUCCUCAAACUCUGAUGAUCAGACUGCUGGUGAACGCCGCAUUCCCCUUCAAUAGCAGAGGUCAUGGUGCCCCGUCACUGUCUCUGCUCAGCGUCCUCAGUGUCAACAUCCACCCCAGUGCAGACAUACUCUGGGAGAAAGAGAUACCUCCACUACUGUCAAUACUAGACGAGUCUACAGCAGACACACUGGAUAAAAAGAACUGGGAUGAGAAGCUGCUGAAGUUCCUGUCUAAAACUCUGGCUACCGUUGAUGAUGACAAGUGGGUAUGUCAGCUGGCAGCUGAGGCAACGCGAUACCUCUCCACCUACAACAACAAUUUAGAGGAGAAGAGUUUCCUGUAUCAGUGUAUCGGAGUGACACUCCAACAGUGCUACAACAAGGAGGUGGUGAAAAAACAACUGCAGGAAAUCCUCCUCACAGCCCGACACAGUGACACCAUCGAGAGAGAGGGAGUGGCCAUGGGCAUUGGGCUUUGUGCCAACAGCCACCUGGAGGGAACUCUGGCCAAACUGGAUGAGUUCGGCAAGUCGGACGCCUUCAAAAAGUCCCCAAGCAUCUUCAACCUGCUCAAAGAACGAAAUGAUGUUGAAAUAGAGAAGGUGAAGAGUACACUGAUCCUGUGUUACGGCCAGGUGGCUCUGAACGCACCCCCGGAGCAGAUACUGAACCGCAUAGACCACGACAUCCUCCGCUGCAUCAGUAAACACUUCAAUACCAAGGUUCUGGGGAUUAAAGUAGAGACCAAGGACCUGACCAUGAAGCUGAGUUUGAUCCAGAGUGUUGGGCUCAUAGCAAAAGCCAUCAGUGAGUGUGUGAAGAGACAAGGCUACGUCUUCUCUCGCAAACAGGAGCUCAUUGCUGUCAUGCUGGAUUUCAUCAAGGCAGAGCCAGCUGAUACACUGAGGACUCCAGUACGCCAUCUAGUGAUGACCACCUGUGCCAACCUGAUUCCGCUGGAGCCGGCACUGAGUGAAAAUGAGAGCUUUGACCUGCUGAAGGUGUGUGUGAGCUGUGUGUUCUCUCUUCCACCUGAGACUCACACACCGGAGAAAAUUAAAGAUGAGGAGAUACUGACGCCCAAGCAGAGACAGGCGUUGUACAGGGACACUUUGGCUGCACUGCAGGAACUGCUGAAGAGUGUUUUGGCCAAGGAUCCCACACCUGAUGGCCUGCAGAGCGUCUUCAAGCACAUCGAGUCAUGGCUGAGCUCAGGACUCGACCAUGAGAGAGAGAGAGCUGUCAGAGCCACUGCUGACAUACUGGCUUACUACCUGGAUAACCUGACUGUAAAGAACAUGGUAUCUUUCCACAACCUCGGAGCGCUGCUGGGUCGACUGUCUCCUCGCUGUUCAGACCCGCACCCGGCUGUACGCACCGCAGCUGUAGACUGUAUAUACACACUGCUUUAUAUACAGCUACGAUAUGAAGGUUUCUCCUUAGAUUAUAAGGAUGAAGCUGUGGAGAGUCUGCCGCCUCUGAAAGAGAAGCUAGAAAAUCCUGAUCACUCCGUUCUCUACAAGACUUGCUCUGACCUCACUAAGGUGAUGAGUAAGCGCCUGCCGCAGCAGCAGCUGACGACACUGGUGUUCAUGUUGUUUGAAGGGCUGGUCGACAGUCAGACCAACUGCUGCAGAGCUGCCUCUGUCAUACUCAACACUCUGCUGAAGAACAGAGGAGCUGGACUACAAGAACUGGUCCCAGAGAUGCUGGAGGUGCUCCACCUGCGUCUGCAGACCAUUACAGAGGAGCAGGUGAGAGUGGCAGUGGGACAGACGGUUCUAAUCCUGGCUACUCAGCAUCUACAGACUGUCAUCAAUACUCUGAUUAACCAGCCACUACCAUAUGACAGCUGGACCAGUGAGAUGUGGAUGGCCCUGGGAGCAGACCCCAUCAUAGCCAGUCAGAUCAUGGAGAUGGUGAUGGAGAAGCUGGUCGUCAUGGCACCCUAUGUAGACAGGAAGGAAUCCAUGAUGAGGGCGGUGACAACAAAGGUGGCCACCAAUCAGCCCUUGGCUAUGACAUGUGGUCUGAAAGAGCUAUUAUUAAACGGUCAGAGUCAGGAGCCAGCAGUCAAUCUGUUUCCUCAGCUCUUCUCCUGUCUGACUGUCAGACUUGGAUCCAGUGUUGGGGUCUUGGCACCAAAAGACAACAACAAUAAACACACCACCUCUGUCCAUGUAGCAGGGGUAGCAGCUGAGGCGUUGCGUAUCUUGUUAGCACGGGCCCAGUUAGACGAGGUGGUGAAAAAACUGGACCAGGACAACGCCUGGGAUGCAAUGAAAGAGCAGAAUACACACACUACCGGGGUUACACUACUUGCUCGAGCGAUGGCUAAGCAUGCUGGUCCUAGGUUGCCUUCCAUUGUAGAGUGUCUGUGUCCCUGUUUGAACAACAUCUAUGAAUGCCAGAGAAUCACCGUCACAGCUUUCUUCUCUGAGCUCUUGAACCACCACGUGGUCACAGAAUUGCUGUUGAUGGACGUAUUAAUGAACAACAUGAUGGAGAGGAUAUCGGAUCCCUGCUGCACCGUCCGCAUGUUGUCUGUCCGCGGCCUGGGCAACAUAGCUGUGGGAUCACCUGAGAAGGUGAAUAAGUAUGCUAAGGAGCUGCUGGCAGCCAUGAGUUCAGGCAUGGAGGAAAAAGACGAUCCAGAUAAACUGAUUACCCUUGAGGCCAUGUCAGGUCUGUCUAAAGUCCUCCUCUACCUGGACAACAAGAACGUCCAUUUACUCGUGGUCUAUAUCUUCAUGAAGAUCAAACCAUUCCUGGAGAGUGACAAUGAUGACAUCCGCUGUGCAUCCAUCCUCCUACUGGGGAACCUGUCCAAGUUUGGGUCAGGAGAGCCGGUGUUUAAAGACCAGAUCCACAACGUUCUGGUCAGCCUGCUGCUACACCUGGUGGACCCCAACCCGCAGGUGGUCAAGGCAUGCAAGUAUGCAAUGCGUGUGUGUGCUCCAGUGGUGGGUUCAGACCAGAUCACAGCCAUGUUUCAGAACCACCUCCAUGAAGACAAGAGCUUACACUACGGAGAGUUCAUCAAUGACCUCACCAAGUACCUGAUCCAGGACUUUCCUGGCAUGUUGAACUUCUACCACAUCUCAGUCAUCCAGUUCUUCAAGAGCAACUGGCCUGAGGUCAGAGCAGGAGCUGCCAUGUUCAUAGGGUUUUUGCUGGGGAACCUUCCAGAAGAACAUCUCUCUCACCUCAACAUGGGCACCGUCACUAAAGGUCUAGUGAUGCUGCUCCAAGAUCCAGACCCUGUGGUAAGAGUGAAGGCCGCUGAAGCCAUGGGACAGUUCCAUUAGAACACACAAACAUCAGUUUGUUUCCUCUGAAUUCAUUCACCUGUGGCAGGCCACCACUUACUCUGGUACAUGAAAAAAGACAGAAAAAAGACAGAAAAAAAAUGAAAGAAAGAAUAUUUGUCAUUUCAGCCAUCAACAUACAAACAUGUUUAGGGCUCUACUUAGAACUGCAGCCUUGAAAAAAAAAAAAAAACAGUUUUGUCACUAGAACCUGCAUUAAAACCAAAAUAGGGCCUACAUGGGAACAGGUGAAAAGCCAAAGCCCCAACUGCCCCAAUCACCACUGUUACAAAAAAAAAAGAUGGAAGAAACACUGAAUGUGCACAUACACGUGCACACUCACACUUAGACAUUUCCAUCUUUGUUUAGUGUCUUUUGGCACUUUUAUUGUUAUAGUAAAAUGACCAUGGUACUUGAAAGUAACAUGUUAAUUCUUGAUAAUCUCCCAGUGACCAAAGACUGUGUUACUCUGUACAAGAUGACCUUCUCUGUAGCAUGCACCAGAGACAGAUGGCAAAUGAGUUCUGUCAAUAUGAAAACACCAGAGACAUAAUAACUGAAACAAUGAAAUACAGUGAGCAUCAAAACAUAUUUACAACAGCAAAAUGAGUAAAUAAGCACAUUUUUUUCUUGAGAGAAUAUAGUUUGUGCACAUAAAUGUGCAAGUAAAUAAAACUUACAGAAAAUAUACAUCGAAGAACAUACACAAAUAAGCCGUCUCUGUGACAGAACUAUCCCACAUAGCUCUGGCUGGUAGCAUAACUCUGUGUGUGUGUGUGUGUGUGUGAGUGUGUGUGUAGUCAUACCAGCAUUUAGUGGUGCUGUAAGCGGAUAUUUCUUAGUUUUACUUUGACAAUAGCUCAGUUUUAGAGAUGGUUUCAGUGUAGUGAGCGUGAUUAUAAUGUUCAAAGACCUAACAUGAUCACCCAGUUUCCAUCCAAAUGCAAAUCAUCUCUGACCUUGGUCCCUAUGACAGUUUUAAUCAAACAAUAUAGGUUUAGAUCUGCUCAUUAUGUGUAUCACCUGAAACAAGUCUUUGAAAGCUCAAUGUGAAGUCUAUAAUUAACAGGAAAAAUGCUAAAUGCGUCAGCACUGCAGUGAAGGCUGGACUUAAACACGCUUCAUAGUUGUGGGUUGGACUAAGUGGUUGGCAUAAAGGUUAACUGCUUUGUCAAAGCCAUCAGCAAUAACCAGCGAGUAACCAGCUCAGUAGCCAGUAAGGAACUACUUUUGGAACCACUAGAUAACAACUAGCAUUAAACUGCUCAACUCUUGCUGGAAGAGCUGUGACCAACGGGAGCUGGUGAGUUUAAACCACAGUCUGUAGUAGAAAAAGUUUGGCCAUCAAAAGGGCGUGUUCACAUUAUUUUUCUCUCAGCUGCCAACAUCUGGAUCAAAGCUCUGUGUCCCAUCCUGCUGGUGAGCUUGAACAGUCAUUUCUUCUAUGGGUCCAUGUAUAAACAGCCGGUGGCAGCUGAGAAGAAGUGUGUGAACAUGCCCUCAUUCUUUCAGCUCCCCUCACAUAGUAGUGCCAAAACUCAACUCCAUCUCUCACCCACAUGGAAGCUGGCUGUAGGUCUCUGCCACUGCUGCAGCUUCAAUGCAUGAUAGGAUGAAUGCUUCCUGGUGUAAGAUCUUUUUGCUUCCACCGCUGUUUCAUGUGUGUUCAGUCCUACUCCAGAUGAAUACCAGUUAUGUUCUGUGGUAGCCAUCAUAAAUUAAACGGCCAUAUGACAAUUCAGAGAAAAUAGUUAUAGAGACCCUUUUAUUUUUUUAUUCAAGUUUUCCACUGCCACCGUGAAAUCGGACAUUCAUGAUUCUAACAGGAAUGAAGAUCAAUUUGAGUUGCACUUUUUCUGUUCUGCAGGAACGCUAGCCAGGGUAAAGGAGAGCCAGACUUUCUCUUAUAACUCUUAACCGGUGGACGGCUGUGAAGCCAUCAGCUCCAGCCAGUCUCUCUAUCGUUCCCAGCCGCGUCCUUGGCGAUAACACAACCAGUGCCAAAUGUUCAUUACUCUGUAUUGCAGCAUUUUCGCUCUCGCUCUCUCAAUGCACUUCAUCUCUCCAUGUCAGUUCAUUUAAUGGCUGAUUGGGUAGACAGGUUAGCAGGCAGUUCUGUCACGUAAAUGUAUGAGUGUGUGUGUGUGUGUGUGUGUGUGUGUGUGUGUGUGCGCACACGUGUACUGCAUAAUGCGUAAGGAUGUAUAUAUAAUAUGUAACUUGAUGUAAUGUCCCCAAAUGAAUACAGCUUAGGGAUGCACAGUGGCUCCAGCUCAGCGUCUCCUCUGUUGCAUUUGAGUUCAUUUGGUGACACAAAUCGUCCAACACAGAAUGGCCAUAUGUGGUAGCUGUGAAGCAAUAGAUAGUUUUUUAAUGAAGAUUUCGUGUGCCUGUAUCUGCAGUAUGUAUGUAUGUAUGUAUUUAUUUGUGUUGCACUUGCUCAAGUUACCAUGCGGACCCUGAUGAAAGACGUAGGCCAAUUAGGAGCUGAACUCAAACACCGAUCACAUUUAUCUCGUCUUCCAAGAGUUGUGUCAACAUCUUAGGUUGUUUUUUUUUUUCUGAUUUAAAUAAAUUAAGGUCACCACAGCAAGAUCAAAUAUUAGAAAAUGUAAAUAUUUUCAGUUGUGAGGAGCGCUGGAUUUUAACACAUAAGUUAAAGGCACUGCUGUUACAGUGUCUGGUCAAAUAAAUCCAGCACAGCUCCGUUCAGAUAUUUAAAAACUUGUUGUUAACCAAGUUACUGUCCAGGCCACUGAUGGUAUGGUGGUGUUAGUCCGUGUUUACAAAAUAUGUAAAACAAUGUACAAAUACUGAUCAGAACUCAGUUUUGCUUCAUACAGAGAUAAUUCCUGUAAAAUGAAUUUUCACCCUUUAGUAUUUCUGACUACAGCCAACAACUGAUGCUAGCAUAAAGACCAUUUGUUAGACACUCCCAUAGUUCCUGUUGGUUUCAGUGCAAAACACCAAGUGUUUUAAGACAAAAAAUGCAUAAUGCCAAGCUUUUAAGAAGAUAUGGCUCAUUGUUUCUGGGUCAGUGUUUGUGCUUUGGGAUGUUCUGGAAACAUGGACCGGGGGCUUUAGGCACUUUCUAACACUAUGGCUUAGUUUGGGCUAAAUGUCAAAUAAUUAGCUGCGUGUCUGUUCAUGUUGUGUUUUUUAAAAGCUGUUAUGAACUUUAUACCAUUGAUAUGAUUUUUCAUGUCACCUGCCUAUUUUUUAACAUUGAAUAUUGUAUGCCAUAGACGUGUGUGUGUGUGUGUGUGUGUGUGUGUGUGUGUGUGUGUGUGUGUGUGUGUGUGUGUGUGUGUGUGUGUGUGUGUGUGUGUGUGUGUGUGAGAUGUAUAUCUGUGUAGGUACUGUGGGUUCAAAUGGUUCCAUGUGUGAGUGAAUGAAUGUAUGCAUGCUCUUUUUCAUGUCAGACUGGACCAGAACAGACUGCUAAUGAUGGCAAUCAUUAAUGUAUUUUAAAAUGUUGAAAUAAACACAACUAUUACAACAUAA